GCAGGGUUUUACAUAUGAGCUGUUUUAUGCAAUAUCUUUUAAUAGAAACCUACACUGUUCGGGGGGGUAUAGUUUUAUACAUACUGGCAUUAAUGAUAUGUGGGAAUAUACUGUAUGAGACCCAUGGGUUCAGGCAGGUAGUAGGCUCCAGCUUUUGGUGUUGCCAAACCUUCCACCUUGAGCACCAUUGCUUUACCUUGGCUGUGAUCUUCUGGCUAACCCUUCCUGUUGGUGAUGUCAGUGGCAGGCCCCAAUCAACCUAACCAUCAGUGGAUUUGGGUUGAGAUGAAGGUAAGGGCCCAUGGGCUUGAGUUUUUGUGACACACAUCAAUAAAUGACAGUCUUUUUUAAAAGACUCUCAUAUAAAACAAUUUAUGGCGUUAGCUAGUUAUUUUUCAUGCUAGUAAAUGCAAGUAAAGUAAGGGUACUCCAGUGUUUGAGAGAUGCUUAGUUCAAGCAUUACUGCAUAGUAAAACAAACCAACGAUACCAGAAACUACAUGAAGACCUGGAAACUGUAAGGUACUUAUCUAUUUGUGUGCUUGGCUAACAUUUCCUUGUCAUGGCAGCCAUGUCUUCUCUCAUGCCUUAUAAAUGAGCACAAGUGCAAUGCUAUCAGAUGAUUCAAGUGCAUUAAAGAAUAAAAAAAACUAUUUUAAGUGGCAGAAACAACUCAAAUCUUCAAAAAUAAAAUGCUAGUAUGUCUACAACACUUAAAGCUGUUUUAAAUGUGAACUAAUAGGAGUGGCUAUACAUACACUUCAGUGGUAGCAACUACUGUGACUAAUUGCCUGUGCAAAGCAUCUGGGUGAGUCCCAGUGAUAUACAUGUGAUAACUCCAUAGUCAGUAGGGGGAAAACAAUUUCUCUUACAAGCCCUCUUAUAAUGCAUUAACUAAGGGGCACAUGGUGGGAUAAAAGAUUGAUGUAUGUUUUCUACACUGAUGUGCACUGAUGUUCUUGAAAUGAAAGAUGACUUUAAUAUUUUUUUCCGUUAAUAUUUCCCACCAAAGUGAAAUAAAUUAAUGGAGGGUACAACCAAUUUAGAAAGAAAAUAAAUAAAUAGAACUUGUGUUGCAAAUACAUUCUGUCUAUUGUUUUAAUAGAACACAACUCUACAUUUCCAUAGUAAAGCAAUAGAUGAUUUUUUUUUACUGAACUUUCAUUCCCUUGUCCAUUUAUAAACAGGAUAAUUUAUGCAGACUUCUUCAUCUACUUCUGAUCAAACAAACCCCUCAUUUCUCGAAGCUGCAGCCUUUGGGCAUCUAAUUAUCAGAAGCCUUCUCAGUGAAGAAACCAAUAUGCAAAAAAGUAUGCUCUGCCAUAUUCAUUGAGUUCAUGUUGAAAGGGGUGUAUAUUUUACCUUUAUAUGGAAGUGAUGUUAACAUUACACUUCCUUUUAUUAGUUUCAUAGCUAGUCCAAUGCCUUAGCUGUUGCUUACAAAGAACAUACAGAAAGUAAUCCAGGUCCGCUUCUGUUUGGGAACUAAACCAUUUUUUCACACAGUCAGUUUUGUUUUAACACAAGCAACAUAAUCCAGUUGUGAGUGUAAAAUAGAAGUGGUAAAUUGUCUGCACACCAUAUUGUAUUAUAUUUCCAUUACAUAAGUAGAAUAAAUAUAAAGGAGGGAAUUCACAAAAGUGAUGAUAUUAAGACAAAAUAAAAUUGUUUUCCCUUGAAUCAGUAUGAUAGCAUUUACUUCUGUCUAUAAUUUAGAAAUAUUGUUCUUUGCACACAAUUUACAAAGAUAUUUGCCUCAUCUAAGUCUUCUGUCCCUUGCUCAAUAUGCAUUAAUACAGUGGCAUAUUUUUGUUUAUUCAAGUAAGCAGCAUGGGGGUGCAGCAUUGCUGCCUUGCAGUUCUGGGGUCAUGGAAUUAAUUUUGGCUCGGGCACUAUAUUGCUGUUUGUAUAUCAUUUCAGAUAUUCUGAUUUCCUCACAUUUUUCAAAACCAUAUAUAAAGGUUAACUAAAUCCUAUAAAACAGACCCUGAAGUGUGAUAGGGGCAAGGAUUGCUGUAAAUCCUGUACAGUAUAAUCUCUGCAAACUGCUGCAGCAUUUGUCAGUGCUAUAUGAAUAAUAAUGUGCUGAAAUAUCUCAAAAUGUUUAUGGAACGCUGCCCUUUUGGGGACAAAUUAGUCUGUAGGCAUUGGACACAUUUUUCAAGCAAUGACUUGUGAAUUAAGCAUCUUUCAGACAUGGGAAUACAAUUGUUUUAUUUUCAAGAAAAACAUACAAGCAUGUUUUAUUCUCAAAAGCUAUAAUUGAUAUGUGUCAUUUCCUUUAAAUAUUAUAAUAAACACCUUCUACUCCUGUGGCAAUUCGUUGACCCCUUGUACUAGAGUACAAAAACAAAGUAUACAGAGUGCAUCUGGCUUUACUGUGCUGUCUUGUUUUGCUGUCAGCUUUAAAUACCUAUUGUAUAAAUAUUUCAAGUAUGGAAUCUAUUAUCUACAGCCAUGUAAGCCAGAAAGAUGUGCCACAGUGUCCUUUUAAAAUAAACAAUUCUUAAUUUUUAACUGAUUUGCUUUUUCUGUGUAAUAAAAUAAAACAGUUCAUUGAUGAUGUUAACUAAGCACAAAUUCAUACUUAAGACAUGGUGAUCCACAUUGUAGUACAAUCUUACCUAUGGAAAACUCUAGAUACCAAGCAUUUCAAAAUCAAAUAAUAGAUCCCAUAACUGUAUUGUGAUUUACAGUGUUUUAUGUAUACCUAUGGAUAUACAAAGAACUAAAAAAAAAUACCAUGGUUGAAGUAUAAAAGCCUUUUAUUUACAUUUGUGCUUAUUAAUAUUUAUAAUGAUAUUGGUGUAAUUUUAAUUUGAUGGGUGUAUUCUGUGCCUCGAGAAUUAUGAUACAGUUGCAGUUUCAAGAAAGGGCCCUCACUGUAUAUAUAGCCUAACCUAAUUUAGAAAACACAUUCUAUACACAGUGAAAAAUGAAGAACCAAUUGUUUUCCUUCCUGCUUUAGUUCUCAGCAUGAAGCAGAACUGAAAAAAGACAGUUAUAGGCACAUUUCUGGUAAUCACAAAGGACCCCCUGAAACUAAAACAUCACCUAUGGGAGGGCUUCUACAGAGAAACUGGAAAAAAAUGGAUAUACAUCAGUACAGAGAAGCAGAUGGUACUGAAAGACCGCAGUAUGCUGUGCAUGAGAAAAAUGAAUCCCAGAUGACCAAUUCAUUAUCAUCUUCAUCAUCUGUUAUAUCAGAGAGUGAGGAUCCUCUUCUAGAAACCAGUAAUUCUCAGGUAUGCCAACUGUGCCAAUCAGAAUCCAGCAACUUGCUUUCAAAGAAUGUAUGCAAAAACUGUGGAGGAAUAUUUUGCCCAUCAUGUUCAGCAAAUGAAUUGCCUCUACCAUCAUCUAUUAAUCCUGAGCGUGUAUGUAACCCGUGUCACAAGAAAUUGAUAGAGCAGUACUCAUACUGCCCAUCCUAAGAAAAAAACCCAGCCACAACUGUGGAGGUAGUAGCUUGACAAACUGCACUGCAGUUACCGUACUGCCUGGCAAUCACAUCUAAUAAGACUACUUCCCAGUUUGGCAUGGCCUUCUCAGAGGCCAACCAAAUAUGGAGAAGAUUCACACUGGAAACUCUGUAACCCUAAGGAGAAGGCUUACCUUUUUUAAGAAUUUUUCAAACAGUAAUUCGUUAUUAACGUUAUUAAAGGUCAGUGUAAAUAGUAAAGGAGCUUAGAAUCUUUGAUCAUGGAGUGUACUGUUUCAAAAUCUCGUUAUGUUAAUGUACAAAACUCGUUAUCUGUAACAUUCUGUGAUUAUUCCUUCUGUUUAAAAGCUGCUGCAAGAACUUGAAGAUAAAUGUGUCUUUACAUUUUGUGGAAACUGACAGACAUUGUUAUGGAAACAGUAGGAAUCAGAUCUCUACCCCCUUUCUGUCAUGGAACUGCUCCCAAUACCUCCAUUACAAAAUAUUAUUUUGUUGUAAUGGGGUCUUGUCAUGAAGAUUACCUUCAAAGAGAAACUGCAAAACUAGGUUACAAUUUCCCCCUCUAUAUACAUGUUAAUAACUACACUUUCUGACUCUCUAAGGUAAAUGAGUGUAAUUAAAGGUAAAUUGUAACAAGCA